AUGGCUAAGGACAAGAGCACCAGCAAGAAGGCUGUCGCUGCGGCGCCUGUGAAGGCGGCCAAGGCCAGCAAGUCCGAGAAGGUGUCGGCCGGGCGCGUCACCAAGCCUGCAAAGGAGGCCAAGUCAUCCUCAAAGGAGACUGCAAAGAAGACUGCCAAGGCGGUCGAGAAGAAGAGCAAGAAGAAGGCACCGACUCCAUCAUCCAGCGACGACGAUGACGAGGACACCAGCGCCAGCUCCGCCAGCUCUGAUAGCGAGGAGGAGACCAAGCCAGCGCCGAAGAAGGCCAACGGCGUCGCGAAGAAGGCUGCUGCCAAGGACGACUCUGACGACUCAUCUGAUGACAGCGAGAGCGAGGAGGAGGCUAAGCCAGCCGCAAAAGUAAACGGCACUGCCAAGGCACCAGCAAAGGACGACUCCGACAGCGACGAUUCCGAUGACUCCGACGAGUCCGACGACGAGCCAGCAUCAAAGAAGGCUGCUGCCGCCCCCAAGACCAACGGCAAGGCCAAGGCCGAGUCGUCUGACGAAGAGGAGGAUGAUGAUGACAGCUCCGACUCUGAUGAUGAGAAACCAGCUACCAAGGCCGGCGCUGAGGCCGAUGACUCUGACGACUCCGACGAAUCGAGCGACGAUGAUGAGUCCGAGGAAGAGAAGCCAAAGCCAGUCGAGAGCAAGAAGCGCAAGGCUGAGGCCGAGCAAGAGGAGACAUCCAAGAAGACCAAGACUGAGGACCCUGCCGCCACCGGCAACCUCUUCGUCGGCAACCUCAGCUGGAGCGUUGACGAGGAGUGGCUCACCCGCGAGUUCGAGGAGUUCGGUGCCAUCCAAGCUGUCCGUGUCAUCACUGACCGUGACAGUGGCCGCAGCAAGGGCUACGGUUACGUCGAGUUUGAGAGCGCCGACGAUGCCGCCAAGGCACUCGAGGCAAAGAACGGUGCUGAGCUCGAUGGACGUAACAUCCGUGUCGACCUAGGCACCCCACGCACCCAGAACAACAACGGCCAGACCCCACAGCAGCGCAGCAACGACCGUCGUCAACAAUACGGCGACAAGGAGAGCCAACCUUCCGCCACUCUCUUCGUUGGCAACAUUAGCUUUGAUGCCACCCAGGACAUGGUCACCGAGGUCUUCCAGGAGUACGGCUCUGUCAAUGGUGUCCGUCUUCCAACCGACCGUGAGACUGGCGCACCAAAGGGUUUCGGAUACGUCGAGUUCAGCUCCAUCGAGGAGGCCAAGUCUGCCAUGGAGAACCUUGCUGGCGUCGACAUCGCCGGUCGCGCGAUCCGUCUGGACUACAGCACUCCCAGACCACCCCGUGAGGAUGGCGGCUUCGGCGGAGGCCGCGGUGGAGGUCGUGGAGGGUCCCGAGGCGGAUUCGGUGACAGGGGUGGGAGAGGCGGACGUGGGCGUGGAGGAUUUGGCGACCGUGGAGGUGGUAGGGGGCGUGGUGCUCCUCGCGGUGGCCGUGGUGGUGGAUCUACUAACCGCGGAGGUUUCGGAGAUUUCAGGGAAGUAACGACCCACGAGCUACAUGAGCAUGACUAA